AUAAAUUAACGGUUAAUAGCUUGUUUAAGCAUGCACUUUAUCUUCAGUCAUUCGAGAAAGUCAAGUGUCAAUUCAAGCGCACAAAAAGCCCGAAUGCAAGUUUCAGGCUUCAAUGUUUUGCUUCCUUUCAAGGCCGCGGUUAUUAUUUCUUUACAGUGCUAAUAACAAUCUCAGAAUAGCGAUCUGAUCACUUCGGUUGUCAAUUUAGUUGUAUAAUAUAUAUAUAUAUUUGGUUAUAACUGUGUUGGCCAGCGUUAUUCAGAAUCGCUUAUCUUCAGCCGGCUAACACCCUACCAGGUAGCUUGUGAUGUUGCGUUUACGGGAGAGAAAACACCGCGAAAAUACGAACGAUCUCACUGCUGUUCCGUCCUUUACAGUCAUUUAGUGUCAGAAAGAAACAGCCCAGAUAUUCCAAAGAACCCCCGUGUACCUAAACGGGUUUUAACAGCUAUGUUGGAGAUUGACACCCGAGUGACGUGGGUAUUCAUGAUGAGCUAUGCGGAAAAGCCGGAAGACAUUACAAAGGAGGAAUGGAUGGAAAAACUUAACAACGUGCACAUUCAGAGAGCAGAUAUGAAUCGUCUCAUCAUGAACUAUUUAGUAACGGAGGGUUUUAAAGAAGCUGCAGAGAAGUUCCGGGUGGAGUCGGGCAUUGAGCCCACUGUGGAUCUGGACUCACUGGACGAGAGGAUAAAGAUCAGGGAAAUGAUUCUGAAGGGACAGAUUCAGGAGGCCAUCUCCCUCAUCAACAGCCUUCAUCCUGAGCUCCUAGACACAAACCGCUACCUGUACUUCCACCUGCAGCAGCAGCAUCUGAUCGAGCUGAUCCGCCUGCGGGAGACGGAGGCAGCGCUGGAGUUUGCACAGUCGCAGCUGGCCGAGCAGGGUGAGGAGAGCCGAGAGUGUCUGACCGAGAUGGAGAGAACGCUGGCACUACUCGCUUUCGACAAUCCCGAGGAGUCACCUUUCGGGGACCUGCUUAACAUGAUGCAGCGGCAGAAGGUUUGGAGCGAGGUCAACCAGGCGGUGCUGGACUAUGAGAACAGGGAGUCGACACCCAAACUGGCAAAGCUGCUGAAGCUCUUGUUAUGGGCACAGAAUGAACUGGACCAGAAAAAGGUCAAAUACCCCAAAAUGACAGACCUUAGCAAGGGCACAAUCGAGGACCCCAAGUAGAAACGGUCAACAUUGGACACCUAUGCCACCCCCCACCGUAUUUAUAAAACCGUCAGUGACUG